UGAUUCACAAAAACCUUAAUUCACAUUUUUUCGGUUCUACAGUCGCAUCAUUUAUAAAGUGCAUUCAUAGCCGCUCUCUCUGUUUCCUCCUUUUUUCUCUCGCUACCCUCUCAUCCUUAUCGCCGCUGUUUCGUCGUCUUGAAUGAGUUAUCAGAUUAGGCGUUCUUCUGUGGAUAAAAGUGGUUCGAGGAUGAAUCAUUGUAACCUUCAGCAGAACGCCUUCAUCAUGUCUCGUGACGAAUCCAGAGGUUUUGUUUCUCCCAUCUUUUGUGAUCCAAUGGACUCUGUUGUUUGUCCUAAGCCUCGUCGCCCCAACAACGUUGUUCGUCCCCUUAGGUUACAUUAUAGUCAAUCAGGAGCUGCUGAUGCAUGUGAUAUUAAAGCCGGGGAAGAUCUUUUGGACAUAAUUCGUAGAAAGGAGGAAUCAGGAUCAUUUGUAGCUUCAUCACACCCAUUUUUUCAUGGCUCUCCCCCGAGCAGAGCAGCGAACCCUUUAACUCAAGAUGCACGCUUUGGAGAUGAGAAACUCAACCCUGUCUCACCCUCACUCUCCCCUCUUCUUUCAUCUUCAUCUCGUGUCAAAGGAGGAGGUUGUGGUAGAGUGAAGUAUGGGGUGAAGCCAGCAACUGUUAGAGUAGAAGGGUUUGAUUGCUUGAACAGAGACCGCCAAAACUCAAGCAUCUCUGCCAUGGCCUAGAAGAAGAAGAAGAAGAAGAAGACGAAGAAGAAGGAACAGAGAGAUUCACAAAGUGUAUAUAAAAAAUCCGGAAUCAAGACUCCAGUGUUUGAAGCAGGUAUAUAUAUUUUUGAAGACGAUGAGGAAACAGAGGAUUAAAAGAUCAUCAGUUAAUGCUUUUUACUUCAGGUUUUUUUUUGUUACUAUUGAUGAGGUCAAUGUUGUGUAUAUGAUAAUUUUAUCCAUAUGUAUAUAAAUAUCUGCCUUGAGGUAAGAUGGAGACUUGAUGUGUUAAGUUUUCUUCUUUUUUUCCUUGAGUCUCGUUGUAACAUAUUAAAAGCAAUUUGGAGUGUUGUUCUCCUUUGUAUAGUAACGUUUCUUCCUCUUAUUUUCUUUUUGGAGAUUCACAAGCUUUGUAAUUUGUAAUUUUGAUAAGUUCAAAAAUGUUAAUGCUUUUGUA